GUGUCUAUCUCUGGUUUCUCUGGUGUCUGUCUCCGGUGUCUGUCCCUGGUGUCUCUGGUGUCUGUCCCUGAUGUCUCUGGUGUCCCCUCUCCCAGAUCGGUCCUCGUCUUCUCGGGUUUCCUGUCGGAUUCCCAGACUCUAAAUUUAUCCUCCUCGGACUCCGAGAGACUCCGGCUCGUCUUAAAGGAACAGUUCCGGUUCAGCGGGACGUUGUGGACAAGCUGGACUCUGGAUUAACAGGACGGUUCUGGCCUCGGUUCUCCUGGCCUGAAGGUUCUCCGGCAGCCGUCAUGGUUCCCCGCCUCUCUCUGGUCGUCGUCUUCAGCCUUCUGGUGUGCGGCUGUCAUGGCGGCUGUGCGGAGGUGGAGUCUCUGACAGAGGCGGAGCUUGGGCGGGGCUUCCUGCUGGGCUGCAUCUCCUGUAAGAGCCGGGAGGAGGUCUCGGCUCGGUCCACGGUGGACUGGCACUUCAGGGCGCCGGGACAGGACCGCUUCGUCCACAUCUUCCACUACGACCACCCCACGGCGGACGUCCUCCACCCGGACUUCGGCGGCCGGCUGGAGUGGCGCGGCACGCCGGGCCGGGACGUCCAGGUCGGCGCCGUCUUCCUGCACAACGUGACGAAGGACGACUCCGGGACGUACCGCUGCACCUUCCAGCGCACCCUGCUGCUGCCGCAGGGACACCAGCACGUCCGGGUGGAGAAGGAGGUGGAGCUCAGCGUGGUGGCAGUAGCCAAUCGGGAGCUGACGGCGGUGGUCUCCGAGAUCAUGAUGUACGUGCUGAUCGUCUUCCUGCAGCUGUGGCUCGUCGGCGUCCUGGUCUACUGCUACAGGAAGACCUGGGACGAGCACGAGGCCCGGGAGGCGCGCAAGGCCCUGAGGGCUCAGGCAGCACUGAUGGAGGUGAAGGACAGCUGUGACGGCGUGCAGCUGGAGGAGCAGCAGUGUUGACGUGCUGCUGAGCUCCUCCUCCUCCACAUGAAGGACGGACGAGGGACGGGGUGGAGGACAGAGUCUCUGCAGGACGGGGUGGAGGACAGAGUCUCUGGCUGCUGCUUCGUGAGGAGGACCGUCUCU